AUGGGCCAAGCCCUCCCCAAGCAGCAUUGGCACGAUGCCGACAGCUUCUUCGUCGCGGCCCAGCUCCACGUGCUGCCGGACCAGCAAGAUAUUGCGCGAAAAGGCGACGACCACCAUCCGCGACAACACCAACACCAACAGAAGCAGAACAGCCAUCAUCGCGAUCGCCAUGACGGCAGCCACCAUCGCCACGACAGUCACAGCCACAGCCACAGCCAACCUCCCCCCAACGGCUUGAAGCUCACCACCACCACCACCACCGCACUCCAACCAGCCCCACCCCCCUCCAUCCCCUCCUCAAAGUCCAAGUCAUCGUCGUCGUUAUCCUCCUCUUCUUCCUCCUCCCCAGCCCCCUCCCCCACCACAUCAUCAUCAUCCUCUGACGAGGCCUCCUCCGAUGACGAAGCCGCUGACGACGCCGCUGACGACUCCCCCUCCGCCUCGCCCUCCUUGUCCUCCUCCGAGCAGGACCAGGACCAAGACCAAGACCACACCGCAAUCCCUCCUCCUCCUCAUCUCCAUCCACGCCUCGACCCACCCACCAACGUCUCCGCCAACGCCAACGUCUCCGCCCCCGCCCCCGCCCCCGCCCGCACCCUCGCCGCGCAGCACUGGGUCGGCGUCGUGAGGGAGGCGCGCGGCUUCCAGCGCGUGUAUGCGCGGGCGUUGGAGGCGUGGGUGGUGGGAGUGGCGGAAGGGAAGGGGGAGGCGGAGGCGGAGGUGGUGGAGGUGGAGGACGAGGAGGCGGCGGAGGAUGAGGUGAUGGGGAAUGGUGGGAGGAUGGGGAGAAGGGGAAGUGGUAGUAGUAGUAGUAGUGGUGGGAGUUGGGGUGGGAGUGAUAGUGAUAGUGGGAGUAGUAGUGGGAGUGGGAGUGGGAAUUGGUCGACGAAGGUGGCAAGGAGAGCACGUGGACGCGGACGUGGACGCGGACGCGGACACGGGCAUGGGAGGGUGGGGAGUGGUAGUGGCGGCGUGGUGGUGGAUGCGGGAGGUGGCGGAGAGGGAGGGAAUUGGGUGGCGCUGGAUGUGAUGGAGAGGAAAGGGAAGGGGAUGGAUGAGGGAGAAGACGAGGAGGACGAGGAGGAGGAAGAAGAAGAAGAAGAAGAAGAAGAAGAAGAAGAAGAAGAAGAAGAAGAAGAAGAAGAAGAAGAAGAAGAAGAAGAAGAAGAAGAAGAAGACAAAGCAGUGGAGCCUCUCAACGGCAGAGCUAAUGCGAUUGACGCGACAAAGGGCAACUGGCUGCUGCGCAGUACCGCCGCCACCCUCCAUGAUACGCGGACGAAGUGCCGAACAGAUGUAAGCAGUUGGACAGCGGCGGACCUGGUCGAUCUAGCGACGAGAGGCGGCCCGCUGCGGUGCUACCGGUGGCACAGCGACGGUGAUGGGCGGGAGGGCAAGGAGAGGAGCAGGCGGCAGCUUACCGAAGACGCGGCGAAGCUGGGGUGGUGCGGGAGGUGGCUUGUGAGGAAUUAUUACCGGGGCUCGACAACAACCGCACCCGACACCAGCAGAGCGAGAGGAGACGAACAAGGGGAAGCGGCUCAAACGGAAAGAGAAGCCACGACCGUAAUCGACGACGAAACGGGUCUCUGCAGCAUCACCGUCCGCGUUCCGAUGCACAACCGGCCUCGGGACGACACCUCUUCAUCCUCUCACACAACUCUCGUAACCAUCCCCCCCACGACCUUCCUCCUGAUCAAACUCCUCACCAUCCUCUACCCCUCCGGCGCCCCAUGGUCAUCCCCCCCAUCCCCCACCGACCCCGACACCGACAUCGACGCUCCACCCUCUACCAACCCCGCCACCGCCAUCACAGCCGAAAAAGCCUCCCGCAACCGCCGCGUCUGGCUCGCCAUGUGCCUCGGCUGGGCCUGGGCGCUGCAAGCCUAUCUCGCCGCACACCCUCCUCCGCGCACAACAACGAACGGAAGUAUAAUCGACGGCAGCGAUGCCAGCGACGGUGAUAGCGACGAUAAUGGCGACGAUCUAGAUGCGGACGCAUACUUGCUGGACAGGUCCGACGACGAUGAAGGGCUCCUAGAUGGCGACGGCGACGAUGACAGCGAUGGGCAGGAGGAGUGGGAGGGUAUGAGCGAGGUGGGGAUUGAGGAUGCGGAUGUGUUGGCGGCAUUGGCGAGGGUGGGGUUGGGUGGUGGUACCGGUGGACAGCGGAGGCGGAGUUUGGUACCUAGUGAUGGGGAUGAUGAGGAUGAGAUUGGGGGAGGGUGA